UCUCGCUCUUCCGCCGCCAGCAUGGGCGAGAGGCUGGAGCUCCGGCUGAAGUCGCCCGUGGGAGCCGAGCCGGCCGUCUACCCCUGGCCCCUGCCCGUCUACGACAAGCACCACGAUGCUGCUCAUGAAAUCAUUGAGACAAUUCGGUGGGUCUGCGAAGAAAUUCCGGACCUCAAGCUUGCUAUGGAAAACUACGUUUUAAUUGAUUAUGAUACUAAAAGCUUUGAAAGCAUGCAAAGACUUUGUGACAAAUACAACCGUGCCAUCGACAGCAUUCACCAGUUGUGGAAAGGAACCACGCAGCCCAUGAAACUGAACACCCGGCCUUCCAAUGGGCUCCUGCGCCAUCUCCUACAGCAAGUGUAUAACCACUCGGUGACCGACCCGGAAAAACUCAACAACUAUGAACCCUUUUCCCCGGAAGUGUACGGAGAGACUUCCUUUGACUUGGUGGCCCAGAUGAUCGAUGAGAUAAAAAUGACCGAAGAUGACCUGUUUGUAGACUUAGGCAGUGGUGUGGGUCAAGUGGUCCUACAGGUUGCUGCAGCCACCAACUGCAAGCAUCACUACGGUGUGGAGAAAGCUGACAUUCCAGCCAAAUACGCAGAGACGAUGGACAAAGAAUUCCGAAAGUGGAUGAAAUGGUAUGGGAAAAAACAUGCAGAUUACACACUGGAAAGAGGUGACUUCCUCUCAGAAGAAUGGCGCGAGAGAAUCGCAAACACAAGUGUUAUUUUUGUGAAUAACUUUGCCUUUGGUCCUGAGGUGGAUCACCAGCUGAAGGAGCGAUUUGCAAAUAUGAAGGAAGGUGGCCAGAUCGUAUCCUCGAAACCGUUUGCACCGCUAAACUUCAGAAUCAACAGUCGAAACUUGAGCGAUAUCGGCACUAUAAUGAGGGUUGUAGAAUUGUCACCGCUGAAAGGAUCUGUCUCAUGGACCGGGAAACCCGUUUCUUACUACCUGCAUACUAUCGAUCGAACCAUACUUGAAAAUUAUUUUUCUAGUCUCAAAAAUCCAAAACUCAGGGAGGAACAAGAAGCAGCUCGGAGACGCCAGCAAAGAGAAAACAAGAGUAACACGACGACUCCGACAAAGGUCCAAGAGAACAAGGACUAUGGUGCUGAAGAAGAGAAAAACCCCGGGGCCAACGCCGUCAAGAAGCCAUCUCCGUCCAAAACGCGCAAGAGGAAGCUGAGCAAGAAGGGAAGGAAAAUGGCCGGCCGGAAGCGCGGGCGCCCCAAGAAGAUGAACGUGGUGAACGCGGAGCGCAAGACCAAGAAGAGCCAAACCGCGCUGGAACUUCUCCAUGCUCAAACUGUAACCCAGGCGUGUUCGUCCUCUCCUCAGGAUGCAUACAGGUCACCUCGUAGUCCAUUUUACCAACUACCUCCUAAAGUACAGCGCCAUUCGUCGAACCAGCUGUUGGUGACUCCCACCCCACCUGCACUACAGAAGCUGCUAGACUCUUUCAAGAUCCAGUACAUGCAGUUCAUGGCAUAUAUGAAGACUCCUCAGUACAAGGCGAACCUUCAGCAGCUGUUGGAACAGGAGAAGGAAAAGAAUACUCAGCUCCUGGGGAAGGCCCAGCAGUUGUUUACUCAUUGCCAGGCUCAGAAAGAAGAAAUCAAGCGUCUCUUUCAGCAGAAACUGGACGAGCUGGGUGUUAAGGCCCUGACGUACAACGACCUCAUCCAGGCUCAGAAGGAGAUUUCAGCCCACAACCAGCAGCUGAAGGAGCAGACCGAGCAACUGGAGAAAGACAACGGCGAACUCAGGAACCAGAGUUUACAGCUGCUGAAGGCCAGAUGUGAAGAACUGAAACUAGACUGGUCGACACUUUCACUGGAGAAUCUGCUCAAAGAAAAGCAAGCGCUGAAAAAUCAAAUUUCUGAGAAGCAGAAGCACUGCUUGGAAUUGCAGAUCAGCAUUGUGGAACUUGAGAAGAGCCAAAGGCAGCAGGAACUCCUGCAGCUGAAGUCGUACAUGCCGCCCGACGAGUCGCUGCCGGCGCAGCCGCGCCACAAGAGCCACGUGAGCCGCGAGGCGGAGCCCGACCACGGCGUGUUCCACAUGGAGCUGGAGGGUCCGAAGUUCCCCGUGCCCCAGGUCAACGGCAUGAGCCCCGAGCUGUCUAUGAACGGCCACGCCACCUCUUACGAGAUCCACCACGCGCUCGGCCGGCCAGCCUCCAAGCAGAGCACCCCUCAGUACCCGGCUUCUCACUCGGACCAAGAGAUUGUCCCUUGCACCCCAAACCACAGCUGCCGGCAAAAGCCGGACAAAGCCUCAAAUUUGUCCUUGCCCGAUUACACGAGGUUUUCCCCAGCUAAGAUCGCCCUGCGGAGGCAUUUGAACCAGGACCACGUGGGCAACGGGAAAGUGGCGCCCAAUGAAAACCUUCAGAGAACCGAGCACUUAAAAGAGAAUGGCCUUACUUUUCCAAGCCCUACGAUAUCGAAUGGCAUGAAGAUGAGCCCUCUUGAAACCCGGCCUUCUUCUCCUGCCGCCUCGCCAAUCGCUAGCGAGAAGGCUUUGCGCGAGAGGACGUCCGUGAAUAACGGCGAGACGAUCACCAGCCUUCCUAUCAGUAUUCCCCUCAGCACAGUGCAGCCCAAUAAACUCCCUGUUAGUAUCCCCCUGGCCAGCGUAGUCCUACCUAGCCGUGUUGAGAAGGUGAGAAGCACACCCAGUCCUAUCCACCAGAACCGAGAUUCCUUUUCAACACUUGAAAAACAAUUUGGUGCUAGUUCUCACAACAGCAUUAGUAACGCUGCUGGCAACAAGCCACUGACUCUGGCUACCUCAGGAUUUUCUUACAUGUCUGGCUCCAUGUCAGUCAACGGGACUCUUCCAAACAGCCCCGCCCACCUCAACCACGGCCUUGACCACGCCACUCUGGAGGACGUGUCCAGUUCAGGGAGCUUGUUCAACUCGGCGGGGUCUCGGAGCUCCACUCCGCAGCACCCCACCUCGCUGCUGAUGCCCUCGCGGAAUUCGGGGCCAAACUCGCCCGCCCAUCAGCACGCCGCCAGCCCCAGGCUGAACGGGACCUCUCAGAGCCUUGGCGGGGUGCUGCAGUACAUGGAGGCCCAGAAGAUGUUUGCGGAAGGCGCCCGGGGAGACCUGCAGCCGGAACCGGCCUACUCCGACCCUGAAAGCGAAAGCAAGAGGAGGAUCAUCUUCACCAUCUCUCCGGCCUCGGGGACCAUUAAGCAUUCUCCUUCGAGCAAACACAGCCCGCUCACGGCGAGCAUCCGGAUGGACUACGUGCAGGACGGGAAGAAGCGCGGGCGGAGGAAGCGGUCGUCCACGGGCACGCUGAGCAGCGUGAACGCCGGGGUGUCUCCCAAACGCAAAUCCUUGCCCACGGUGGCCGGGCUCUUCGCGCAGUCUUCGGGGUCUCCUCUGAACAUCAACUCCAUGGUCAGUAACAUAAACCAGCCUUUAGAAAUAACCGCCAUUUCUUCCCCUGAAAACUCCCUGAAGAAUUCUCCUGUUCCAUACCAGGACAACGACCAGCCACCGGUGCUGAAAAAGGAGAAGCCCCUUGCCCAGAGCAACGGCAUCCAUUACUCGCCGCUGACUUCCGAUGAGGAGCAGGCCUCGGAGGAUGAUGGCAACAGCAGCAGAAUUGAGAGAAAAAUUGCAACGAUAUCGCUGGAAAGCAAAUCUCCGCAGAAGCCAAUGGAAAACAGCAUCAGCUUAGCCGGAAGAAAACCAGCCGGUGAGAAUAUGAACAGCAGCAAGUGGAAGUCGACGUUUUCUCCCAUUUCGGACAUCAACCUGACCAAAACGGCGGACAGCCCUUUGCAGGCCUCUGCGGCGUCCCUGAGCCAGAACUCCCUCUUCGCUUUCAGGCCGUCUUCCGAGGACGGCUUGGUGGCCGACGGCAAGGCUGCGGCCCACGCCAGGAAACACCUGGCCGCCUCCGGCCCCGGGUCCGACAGCCUGGGCCUGACUACCACCUCCCUGAACGGGUUCGCUUACAACGGCGGGCUGCCGGGAGACGGCGGUUUACACAGCUUCCUUGACGGCGCUUCGCUCCCGCAGAAAGGCGCCGACAUGGCGGCGGCGCUGGGGGGCUCGUCGCUGAGCUUCCUCGUCCAGCGCAACAAGGACGCCGGGCUCUCCGAAUCCAACCCGUUCUUGAGCAAAAGGCAGCUAGAGAGCCUGGGCGUGGGGAAAGGGGACGACUUGAAAUGGGCAGCGCCCAAAGGCAAAGAGGGCGGCGAGCUGAGCGUCCGCCUGGGGAGCUCUUUGGAGAAGGCCUCGGUGCUACAUCCCGGCAAAAUCGGCAAAGGCCGGGAGCGAGACGUGGAGCUGAAGAACGGCCACAACCUCUUCAUCGCCGCCGCCGCCGCCGCCGUCCCCUCUGGCGGCCUCCUCAACGGCAAAGGCCUCUCCGCGGCCGGCUCUGGGAACUCGCCCGCCGCGGCCGCCGCGGCCCAGACUCAUCACCCCUUCUUGAAUUCUUUAACCACUGGCUCGCCGUUCCCCCUCGGCCCGAUGGUGACAAACUCCUCGGUACUGCAGUCCUUCUUUAACUCGAUGCCAGCCGCCGGCCUGGUCCACGUUUCGUCGGCCGCCACCCGCCUGACCAACUCCCACGCGAUGGCGAGCUUCUCACCUGGGAUGACCGGUGGAACAGUUGGAGGUAUUUUUAACCAUGUGGUGCCUUCCUCCUCCUCCUCCUCCUCCUCCUCCUCCUCCACGCCCUCCCCUUCCACGCCCUCUUUUUCCUCCUCCACCUCUUCUCUCCACUUCAGAGUCCCCAGUGCCGCUUCGAGCUGCACCAUGCUGGGCUUGAACCCUCUGCAGGCUGGGUCCGGCGCCCUGUCAUUCCAUGUGCCCCCUACCCCGGCACCGUCCGGCGAGGCCCAGCACCUCGGCCGAGCGCACUCCUCCCUUUGCACUCCUCCUCCUCCGAAUGUUUCAUUACCACCCCCCCUUCCCUCCCUCCUCACGCCUAACUCCGAACCUGACCUCCUGCCGGCCUCUGAGGCUUUUUUGCCGCCAUCCUCCACCGCUAACUCCGCUUUGUCUAUUAAGCUAGCUUCUCUCCAGCACAAAACCUCCCGCCCGUCCUUCACUGUCCACCACCCGCCUCUGCCCCGCCUGGCGCUGGCUCAGGCCACGCCCGGGAUGCCACAGUCCAACGCAGCCGGCGCCCCUGCUAUGUGGCUCACCCUUGGCCUGCAGCCUCCUUACGCGUCGCACCUCUCUGGGGUGAAGCCGCGAUAAUGAGUCCGGCUUAGCUUUUAAGCGCUGGUGCUCUGUAAGGUAACUAGGACUUCUACCUCAACCCAACGUGACCUAUGCAAGGAAAACGUGGACCAACUUCUCUCCGCUUCCACCGAAGGUGCUCGCCUCAACUGCUUAAGGGUUUCUGCUUUCCCAUCGCCCCUUUUUCUUUUACUACUGGACAAAGACAUAAGUCAUAAAAAUAAAACCGGAGGAAAGAAAAUGCUACUGUGAAUCUAAGUUAAAUAUAUAUAUAUAUAUAUAGAUAAUAGAUAUAAAUAUAUAUAUUCAAACUGCGGAAGAAGAUGCUUAGAAACAGCUCCAGUUUGUAUUGUUGAUAGUUUAGAUAUUUAUAUAUUUUUAAAUGUUUAAAUCACACACACACACACACAUACACACACACGAGAGUUUUUGGGUUCCACCUGAAGUCGACCUGAAAAUUUAAAAAAAGAGAGAAAGAGUGCGCGAGAGAGGAAGACUUUAAUAAUGAAAUAACAAUUCUUUCUGGAAAUAAAGGAACGGCUCACCAGCAGAGAUGUGACACAGCUUCUCUUGGUGCUAUUGACAUCCGACAAACUGUGCCUCUCCAGUCCAACCAAACUCAUGGUGCUUUUUUCCUCUACCCCCCCGCCCUUUUAUUUUUUAUUUUUUGGCCUGGUGGGGACUACUGAGACUGAGCCAUGUUGUUCCUGCACGACGUUUGGCUUCUUAUUUAUCCUGCCUGCUCCGCUUGAUGUAUGGCAACUGGCUAGUUUUAGUAGCGGAGCAGGGAGGCAGUGAAUUGGUGGCGGAGCUUGGGCGGGGGGUGGGGAGCACUUUUGAAAGCUGUUUUACAUAUAUCUAUCUAUCUAGAGAGAUAGAUAUAGAUGGUAAUGCAUAUUGCAAGCAGAAAAGCGAUCAUCACACCCAUAACUCCCCCCACACCCACCCGUUCUAGCCCCCUGACAGAAUUCAGCUGCGGUGCUCAUGGGUGACCUCUCGCCCCGAAGAAACAGGCAUUCAGAUUACACAGGUGUAUUUUGAAAUGGGUGUGUGUGUGUGGCUGGGCUUUGCCUUAACUGUUUGACAGCCAAAGGUUUGCAUAAAAAGUCGAGGGGCUGUUUCACGUGGUGGUGGCGGUGACGAUUUUCUCUUCGGCUAAAGGCAUGGGUGAUGAUUGAAGCGGCCCCUGCCAUUCCAGGUGGCUGGUUCACUUUGGGCGACUCAGUAUCACAGGGAGGCAUUUGCGUAUGACCGGACACUGUCGGGCCAACGCCCACAUCCGUUCUGAUCCCGUAAGGCUGGCUAGCGAAGCCUCCGUCUUCAUCUCCCGGGUCCUGGUGGCCUUCCAGAUAGUGUUGGACUCCAGCUAGACUCCUAGCCAGCAUGCCCAGUGGUCAGGGAUGGUAGCCACAGAUCCAACUCCUAACACGCCCCCCUCUCCAACUGCUCUAUUAAAGAUCUCAGUGAUUUGGGUUCCCUCUUCCUUCCUUUCCUUGUAUUUUUUUUUUUAAAAAAAAGAUCAUGUUUUCCCAUAGCUUUUGACAUGCGAUCUUUUGGGCUUCGCGUUGCUGGGGGAAUCCAGUCUUAAGUUCUCGGCGAGGUGGACGGUCGUCCAGCCGUAAGGUUUGCCCUCCCUCUGGAGCAUUUAAGCAACCUUAUGGUGGUUGAUCGACACCUUUGUCCUUAGGAAGCAAGGAUAUUCCCACCCGGUGCUCUCCUCUAACCCCCCCUUUGUAGCAGAUGCCCCUGUGGGAUUUAACGGGGCCACACGUGCGCAAGCCACCACGGCCUCUGGGGUCGCUCAGAGUGUUUUUUGGUCAAUCUUGAGGAAGCCAACAACUGAUACCGGGGUUAGGCGGCUUUCAGCUUCAUUUACUGGAUUCAUUUGUUCAACGUACAACGUGUUCUCCGUUUGUUUUGUUUUCAUUAGCAAGGUUUCGAUACUUGAUUGAGAAACAGCUUUGCCUUCGCAUGUUUUAUCCCCUCCAGCGCGCGCUCGUCUUUCUUUAUUUUUUGUACCGCUUUUGCUUUCCCGUAGCCAUCCGGAGAAGACGCACACCACGAUCGAACUUAAUCCUUGCAUCCUGCUUAAUCUAUCGGGUGCAUUUAAAAAUCGUCGUCACCAUUUGCGACUCGGGUGCUUCGGGGUACAGGAGGAAAAAGACAGCGCCACUUCUGGGAACGCCACACACGUUUUGCACAGACGUGGUGGCCAAAUUUAUUGAAAGGGUUUUGUAGGCUUUUUCAUUUUUCUAUUAGGUUGUGUCCGUAGUAAAAGACGGAAGGGGUGGUUUCAUUUAUUCAAGCGUGUACAAAGCAGGAAAGGGAGAAGGAUGAAACUUCUCCGGGCGGAUCCUUGCUCUGGGUCUAGGGUAGCUUUGAACCAAGAACGAGGAAGGAGAAUUGCAAUAACGUAACUUCAACAGGGGCGAGGCGGAAUUGCUUUGGCGCUCCGUUGUUGUAGAAAAUAAGCUUCCGAAAGGUGGUUUGGAAUGGCAGCGGCAGUGUGUGUCCCCCUCUCAUUUCUGACAGCUUUGGAACACACACACACACACAUUUUCCCUUCAACAAGGCAUCUAAGCUCUGUCUUGCUCUGGUGCAGAGUCACAUUUUGUUUCGUUUCUUUACGCGCUAGGUCUCGGGUCGGCAACACCUCUAGAGCAAUCCUCACCUACUUGGGCCACUCUGGAUGCUUUGGACUACGAUACCUAGCGACAAUUUUCAACACACACACACACCAGCCGCUUUUUCAUUUCAGGGUUCACCCAACCUUUACUCCCUUAGAGAGAGUGUUGGUUGCAGGGGUGGGAUAGUUACUCAAGCGAAGGCAUUUCUGGUGCUUCCUUGGGAGGCUCUUAAAAUCCUGUCCCCCUUAUCAAAUUCUCCUGGGGGGAACUGGGCUUUCCCCCUUCAUAAACGGCGUACCAUGUCUCCCUAUUGUAGGGUCCCAGCCAACGCCCCGGUGCAGCGCCCCGCGCCCCCCGUGUUUGCCGAAUUCUUACGGGGAAGACGCGCGAUUUCAAUUUCAGGGCUUUUCUUUUUACGGCCAUUUUGGGCGUGUUGUGGCCUCUUGACACCUUCCUCAGAACCCACUGAGAGGUACUUCUUCCCCCGGGGGGUGGGGUUGGUAUGGGUGCUCGAAUCCGGCGCUUUUGAAUGCCGUUGCUGUGACUGCCUCGGUCCUGGGGGUGGGUUGUUGCGCGGAUAGGUCACCGGGUUGAAAUUCACACGGGUCGGGUAGCAGAAUGGAGCAGGGGGCUGUUUUGACGCACUCCCACGUCUCCUGAACCCGAGACGACGCACUGCCACCACGAUGUUUGUGGAGCCAGAACCGCACGGUGCUUUUCCUGUGUCGUUUCUCCCCCCCCCCCCCCGGCCACUUCUGCUGGACCAUCUUUGCCCAAAAAGCCAGUUCACCUGACGAUCAAAUAUCACUUGUUCACCAUGCUGUCCUCUCGCUCUGCUUUCACUGCUUAUCCCAGCUUUGGCUGCAAGGUGUGCUAUGAGAGUAGUUCUCCUUU